AUGAGUGGCGUGAGUGUUACUCACUCACCGUAUGCUUGCAUCACUUGCCGGCAUUCGAAGAGACGCUGUGACAGAACUUACCCCAAAUGCACACUUUGCACGCAAGAGAGCACGCCAACGUCACGGUUUCUAGAUCCCGAGAUCUUUAGUCUUCUGCAAUUAGAAACCCCCAAAGUGGAGGUAGCGAUUCCAAAAAUGGUUGCUGACUAUGUCGGCACCAUAGUCGACAUUCAAAACAUCGCCAAUGCCUAUUUUGAUACCAUCCACACAUGGAUGCCAAUUCUAUCAAAAAAACAGUUCUUUUCAAAUCUGCCCAACUACUUGACACACAAAAAAACCGAACUGUGUCUUCUCGUCAUAUGUAUGAAACUGAGCUCGUCUCUUACAACUACAGCAAAAACAGUGCUAUAUCGAACAGCAAAGCAAUUUCACUUUGAAGUGGAAUCUUCAGGAAUACUAUCAGUUGCAGUUCUACAAGCCGGUGUCCUUAUUGCGAUUUAUGAAUUAGGACAUGCUAUAUAUCCGGCUGCCUUCUUGUCUAUAGGGCAGUGUGCCCGGUAUGCGGCGGCACUCGAGAUCGACAAAAGCAUCACUUCUCGUCUAUUAGACAAGCUCCCCUGGAAUGAGGUGGAAGAACAGCGCCGAGUGUGGUGGUCAAUUAUAAUACUGGACCGGUAUCUCAAUCUCUGCAAUCCUGGGCGCCAUCUAAUCACUCCAGAUCCAACGCCGGAUAGCUAUCUUCCGGGAGAUGACCUAGAGUGGGAUACAGGAUCAUCGCGAUCGGAAAACUCGUUAACACUUGGCUCAUCGUCAGGCUCGUAUAUUGGUCGUUUCGCUCGAUUUGCGCAAACAGCUCAUUUACUAAGCCAAGCGUUAUACACCGUUGCAAAAGACCCUACUACUGAUCCAGCGCAAUUACGGCGCACCCUUAUGGCUCUUGUCAACCUUUCGUUCAUGGAAGGCACGAUGAGAAAGUGGGCAUUUUGCAGCCAAAUGGCAGUGUGCUUCAGGUGA